AUGAAUAAUCCCGAACCUGCCGAGUUCCUGUGCGGCCUCAACGGCACGGACGUCAGUCCAGGAUCCUUGAGCACAAUUCUUGAUAUUUUGAACUCACUCUCCAUUCUUUCUACAGAAUUAGACAAUAUCCUGAUAAAGCAGGCCCGCGCGAGGAAGGUGGCUUUUCAAGUCCUUCCCCUGUUCUCCCUCGGUCCAAACCACACCAAGUCCAACGCCCUCUACGAUAUCGAGUUUAGAUGGAGCAACAAGGUCAUCAAGUACACCCAUGGAUUAGGCGAUCCUGAGGCCGAAUCACACCUCACUGGAGAUGAGACAGGGCUUUGGGGUGUUUUCAAUCAUUCGGUGGCGUUUAUGGUUGGAAAAGUCCCGAAGGCCCAGUCAAUCGACCUAAAGUUUGCGGAUUCCAAGUGCCUUGGAAGCCCCUAUGCCAACACCCCUGAUAACAUUCUGAUGACGAAAAAUACUCAGCUAAAGGUUAUUAGGGAGCUAAAGGUCUCUUAG